GAAACAAAGGCAUAGCUUCCAUAGCUAUCUGGAAAAACCCAACCAUUCCAAUUUCCGACCCACUUUCCAUUCACUCCACAAGCACCAAACUUUCACUCAUUCUGCGACACCCAUUGUCCUAAAAUCCUUAAAAAACAUGUCCGUCGCAUGUGGGGUGGAGUGUGUCUUCGUACUCGGUUGCGCGCGUUGGUUGUGGAAACGCUGCACCUACAUCGGCUCCUACGACAGCGCCACGUGGCCCUCCGCCACCGCCGACGAGUUCGAACCGGCCCCCCGUGUCUGCCGCCUCAUCCUCGCCAUCUACGAACCCGAUCUCCUCCAACCGCAGCAUUACCAACCCGCCGGCGGUUACCGCCUAAACCCGGAUUGGGUAGUGAAACGCGUCACCUACGAGGACACCCUCGGCCACGCGCCGCCGUACAUCAUCUACGUCGACCACGACCACCGCGAGAUCGUGCUCGCGGUGAGAGGUCUCAACUUGGUCAAAGAAAGUGACUACAAGCUUCUAUUGGAUAACAGUUUGGGGAAGCAAAUGUUCGAUGGUGGUUAUGUUCACCAUGGUUUGUUAAAGUCUGCGACUUGGUUGCUGAACCGGGAAUCUGAGACCCUGAAACAGUUGUGGGUUGAGAACGGUUCAGAGUAUGGGAUGGUGUUUGCUGGGCACUCUUUGGGGUCUGGUGUGGUGUCUUUGUUAACCAUAUUAGUUGUGAAUCAUAGGGAAAAGCUUGGAGGGAUUCCCAAAGAGAAGAUUCGGUGUUAUGCUAUUGCUCCUGCCAGGUGUAUGUCUCUCAAUUUGGCUGUUAAAUAUGCCAAUGUCAUACAUUCUAUAGUGUUGCAGGAUGAUUUCUUGCCAAGAACGCCCACUCCAUUGGAAGAUAUAUUCAAAUCAGUAUUCUGCUUGCCGUGCUUGUUAUUCUUGGUUUGCCUGAGGGACACCUUCAUACCUGAGGGUAGAAAGCUUAGAGAUCCAAGGAGACUUUACGCACCUGGUCGAAUGUAUCAUAUUGUGGAGAGAAAAUUUUGCAGAUGUGGGAGAUUUCCUCCUGAAGUGAGGACUGCUAUUCCUGUUGAGGGAAGAUUUGAGCAUAUUGUCUUGUCCUGUAAUACGACGUCAGAUCAUGGAAUUGUUUGGAUUCAGAGGGAGGCAGAGAAAGCCUUACAAUUAAUGAAGGAUCACAGCUCCGAAACUGUGACAGUCCCUCCAACCGUACAAAAGUUUGAGAGAUUGAAAACCAUUGAAAAGGAACAUAAAGAUGCUUUGGAAAGAGCAGUUAGUUUAAAUGUACCUCAUGCAGUUGACACUGCAGAGAAAGAACCGUCUGCAAACAAUGAAGGUGAGGCAUCCAGUAGUGGGGCCAAAGACCCCUCAAGUACCCAAUCAAAAUCAAGUGGUGCUAGGGCAAACUGGGAUGAGGUUGUUGAAAAACUCUUAAAGAAGAAUGAGACAGCAGAUCCACACCUGGAAAGGGAUACAAAUGUCCCACAAUGACACCUUUCUCUCCUUGUUCUUUAGGUUAGAUACAUCAUGUCCACAUCCAUUCAUAUAAUUGAUUCUUUUGGUUCUUCUAGAUAUUCUUGAGUUUGUAAAUUUAUGAUGUAAAAAAGAUAGUUACCAUUGCUUGGAACCCCACACUUACACUCUUAAGGGGAAUUCCAAUUGAUAAGACUUGAGAGCGAGCACCAUCACAAGAAGAAAGGAAUAAUGGAGAAGAUAAAGGAGAAACUUCCUGGAACACAUCACCA